AUGGCUGGUAUUCAAGGACAACUUGACCGCGGCGCAGUGCCGAAUCAUAUCUCCAAUGUAUGCCCUAAAGGUACUAAAUUUCAUGUGCUUGAAGUUGGCUGGUUAGAAUGCGACGAAGCAUUCGUGAUUCGUGGUGGGAACACCAGCUUGAAAAGCACCGAGAACAAAUCCUUCGUCAAUAAACGUCGAGAGCUGCCCAUGUAUUGUAUUCUGAUUGAACAUCCACAUGAAGGUCUCAUUCUCUGGGAGACUGGCUGUGGCAAAGAUUACCCUGAAGUUUGGGGUCCUCAAGUUGCUGAUGUCUUUUCCCGAAUUCGUUACGAGCCUAGGCACGAGCUGAAGGCCGCGGUUGAGGCAACGGGGAAUAAACUUGAGAACAUCAAAAAGAUCAUUAUCGGGCACUUGCACCUCGAUCAUGCCGGGGGGCUAGACAUGUUCCUGGACCGGAAAGAUGUCGAGAUCUGGGUCCAUGAUAAAGAGCUGAGAUCUGCGUUCUGGUCUGUGGCAACCGGGGCAGACGUGGGUGUCUAUCUUGAGCACUACCUGAAGUUGAGCUUCAACUGGAAAACUUUCGAUGAGCAAACCUUCGACUUUUGCCAAGGUAUUACACUGCAUCAUCUUCCCGGGCACACAGAUGGACUGAUUGGUAUGCAAAUCAACAUGCUUGAAAGUGGUACAUUUUUGUUCAUCAGUGACCAUUGCCACGUUAUCGAAAAUUGGCGUGAUGGAAUCCCCCAAGGGUGGCUGGCAAGGGAUCACCCUGCAUGGUUCAGAAGUACACAACGCUUGAAGCAGUUGGAGAGAACGACUAAGGGACAAGUAAUUCCAGGUCACGACAAGCAGACUUUUGAAAGUCUGAUUAGUCGUGGCACGGCUUAUACUUGA